AUGGAGUAUGGGUUCAACGCACCAGUCCCCGUAGAGUUUGACCCACCGGUUCGAUUAGCAACUGGAUCAUUAAAAAUGGACAAGAAUAAUCAAAGAAACAAUAUAUUCUCCGAGUUUCAUUGCCAUUGGAAAGUGCCAUUAGACGAAACAAAUAUGAUCUCCGAUGGUAUCCGUGUGAAUGAUGAUUUGGUGAUGUCAAGUGUCAACCCACCAAUGAUAUACCACUGCAAAGAUUUUAUGAAUUCUAACGAGGUCGAAGAGCUGAAACUGAACAAAAUUCUUCCACGAUUCAGUCAAAUGUACCAGCCAAGAAUCAAACUUGCUUAUAUUGGUGGUGAUAACAUCCUUGUUCACGAGGAAGAAGCGAAUUUCACUGGUAUCAUCAGUUUACCGGAUCAAAUGUGUACUGUAGUGAAAAAUAAUACUAGUAUCGCCGGAAAACUUGGAGCCAUGAUCACAGGUACAAACUACAUGUGGAGACUAUCAAACCAAAAAUGCAAUCAUGCGCUGUUGUAUGAGUGCGGAGGUCAGCAGAUGCUCGUCUACACCGAUGAUAAACAGCAAAUCAGUGUGCAACAUGGCUCCGUACCUUUCAAUAUCAAACGAGUUUUUGCAAAUGGCCCUCAGAAUUGGACGGUUGUGUCGACAGAAAACGAUAAUUACCAACUAGUAUUGGAUCACGGAAAGUGGCUACUUGAAAAAAUUGAGAACGAUGUGAAAGACGGACUGAAUACUAUUAAAGCGAAACAAGGAAACAAUGAAUUGACAUCAGUAGCGGAUCCAUACUAUUAUGUUCAAGGCAGAAGUGAUGGAAAUGUACUGGGUGUUCCACGUAAAGAAAAUGAAACAAUGUUCCGAAAGGAAUCAUUCCCCAGCAAGAAUAAGUUUGUAAAACUCGACGAGUCUAGAGAAGUGACGUUUUUGGGAGACACUAUCGUCCGAGCAAUGCCUGCUUUCCUGACUCCAAAAGCAUAUGUUCAUGAUAAAAUCAGUCCAUACGACAUAAAUGGAUUUCUUGAAACAAUUGACACCUCUAGGAAUAAGGUCAGUUACGUACCAGUGCCAUACGAUGGGAAUACUUUUAUGUAUGAGAACUGGGUCGCCGAAAUGACCAAGACUCGGUUUCACUUGGUACCGUGGGAUGACGAGAAAGUUCUUACAAUAGAAAUCAAUGGUGGCUCCAUUCGAUCGUAUGAAUUAGAAAUGUCUUCCCUGGGCAAAUCAUUUGACGAUUGGAAACGUAUGACUGGAGCAGCGGAAGAUGAAAAACUGCGGAUGGAAUUUGAUAGGAAUCCUGAUGAUGUUGACUUUGAAAAGUUGGAUGAACCAAAACUUGGAAAGUUUGACCCAAGCAAUGCUCCACAUCAUGGUGGAAAUCAGUGGAUGGGAGGCACCGGAGGAUACAACACUGCGGGUAUGGGUGGAAUCGGAGGUCCAUUCCGGUUGGAUGCGGGACACGAUGUCCACCAGAUGCCAGAUUUUGCAAAACAACAAGUUCCGCACCACAUUUUAAAGAAAGCUAGAGAAAUUGCACAAGUCGAGUAUGCGAAGAAGCUCCGGGAAAUUAACAUGUCAGAAUAUGAUGCUGAUGGCUAUGAAAAAAUUUGGAAGAAGGUGCAUGUUCCGUCGAAAAAACUGUCAGCAGUGAUUGAUCAGUUAGAGGCGAAGAAAAAAGAAAGAGAAUGGACUAAACAUCAAACAACCGGUGAUUUGGAUGACGGGAAAUUGAUUGAAGGUGUUACAGGAGAGCAAAACAUUUAUAGAAUUAGCUUUGACGUUUCUGGAUCCAUGUAUAGAUUCAAUGGUUACGAUCAGCGUCUUGGAAAGACGCUGGAGGCAGCACUGAUGACCAUGACAGCGUUGGAUGGGAAAACAGACCAAGUGCAGUAUGACAUUAUUGGACAUUCCGGAGACUCAGCAAACGUGCCGUUCGUCAAAGCAAAUCAACAUCCAAAAAACAACAAAGACCGUCUGGACGUUCUAAAACGAAUGAUUGCUCACACUCAAUACUGCUCUAGCGGCGACAGUACUGUGGAAAGUUUGCGAUGGGCUAUUGAAGAGAUGAAGGUGAAAAAAGACGACUUCGAUGAGAACGUGGUGAUUUUGGUGUCGGAUGCCAAUCUGCAAAGGUACGGUAUCAGUCCAAAAAAGAUCAAAGAUGCCAUGCAGAAAGAUCCGAGCAUUAACUCAUUUGUGAUUCUGAUUGGAGAUCUUGGCAACGAAGCAAGUGCAAUCCAAAAAGAACUACCUGUUGGAAAAGCGUUCGUAUUGAAAAACACCUCGGAGCUACCCAAAAUCAUGGAAACCAUAUUUGCUUCUACUAUUGCCCAAUGA